CGCUGUCACAUAAUAAAGGAGGGACCUGCUCCUCCGUUCUCCCCGCGAUUCAUCGCUACAUUUUUUUAUUCUUUUUUAUUUUUUCCCCUGCUCCCCAUCAUGGCGGCGAAGUCAGACGGGAUGCUGAAGAUGAAGAAGAGCGACGUCGCCUUCACCCCCCUGCAGAACUCGGAUCACUCGGGCUCCGUGCAGGGCUUGGUGUCGGGGUCUCACCCGGGUUCGGGUGCAGGAGACGGGGGCUGCUCGGACGGCGGCUCCCGGUGCUGCUGCAGUAGAGUGGCCGGUGGCGCCGGGGGAGGCGGUGGGUCCCCGGCGCUGUGCCUGCGCCUGGCCCGGGAGCAGCAGCGCUACUCGGUGUGGGAUUGUCUGUGGAUCCUGGCGGCGAUGGCCGUGUACUUCGCCGACGUGGGCAGUGACAUCUGGCUGUCCGUGGACUACUACCUGCGGGGCCAGCGCUGGUGGUUCGGGCUCACGCUGUUCUUCGUGGUGCUGGGCUCUCUGUCCGUGCAGCUCUUCAGCUUCAGGUGGUUCGUCCACGAUUUCAGCACCGAGAACAGCGCCCAGUGCUCUCCGGUGGACGGCAAGACGGCGGCGGCGCCGGGGGAGGUGGACGUGCGACCCUCCACCCCGCAGAGACAGGCGUCUACCGCCAGCCACAAAGCCAACAACCCGGCCGGGGUCGGCAGCAGCACCCGGGCAGCCAGCCCCAGGUCCGCUUCGUGCUCCUGCUGCAUCUGGUUCCUGCAGUCAUUCAUCCAUAUCCUGCAGCUAGGACAGCUCUGGAGGUAUUUCCAUACAAUAUAUUUGGGGAUUCGCAGCAGACGGAGUGGAGAGAAUGACAGGUGGAGAUUUUACUGGAAGAUGGUGUACGAGUACGCAGAUGUGAGUAUGUUGCAUUUGCUUGCGACAUUUCUGGAAAGCGCUCCCCAACUUGUCCUGCAGCUCUGCAUUGUCGUGCAGAGUCAAAGCAUACAGGCCGUUCAAGGUCUAACCGCUGCCGCCUCCCUUGUAUCCUUGGCUUGGGCCCUGGCGUCAUACCAGAAGGCAUUACGGGAUUCAAGAGAUGACAAGAAGCCCAUCAGUUACAUAGCGGUAAUCAUCCAGUUCUGUUGGCAUUUCUUUACCAUCGCAGCAAGAGUUAUAACAUUUGCUCUCUUUGCCUCAGUUUUCCAACUCUAUUUUGGAAUAUUUAUCGUCCUUCACUGGUGCAUCAUGACCUUCUGGAUUGUGCAUUGUGAAACGGAAUUCUGUAUAACUAAAUGGGAGGAGAUUGUGUUCGACAUGGUGGUCGGAAUAAUUUAUAUCUUUAGCUGGUUUAACGUCAAGGAAGGAAGGACACGGUGCAGGCUGUUCAUUUAUUACUUUGUCAUCCUUCUGGAGAACACUGCCUUGAGUACCCUGUGGUAUAUAAAUAAGGCCCCCAAAUUCCUGGAUGCAUUUGCUAUCCCAGCACUGUGUGUAGUGUUUAGCAGCUUUUUAACUGGUAUUGUUUUUAUGCUCAUGUACUAUGCCUUCUUUCAUCCUAAUGGACCUAGAUUUGGGCAGUCACCAAGCUGUGCUUGUGAAGACCCUGUAACUGCCUUUCCCUUGCCCCCUGAAGUGGCUUCGAGCACUCUAAGAUCUAUGUCCAAUAACCGGAGUGUUACCAGUGACCGAGAUCAAAAGUUUUCCGAAAGAGACGGCUGCAUGCCAGUUUUUCAGGUGAGGCCAACAGCCCCUUCAACUCCAUCCUCCAGGCCUCCAAGGAUUGAAGAAUCUGUUAUUAAAAUUGACCUGUUUAGAAACAGGUAUCCAGCUUGGGAAAGACACGUUUUGGACAGAAGUCUACGUAAGGCAAUUUUAGCUUUUGAAUGUUCACCUUCUCCCCCUCGGUUGCAGUAUAAAGACGAUGCACUUAUUCAGGAACGUCUGGAGUAUGAAACAACGUUGUAACAACGACAACAAAAAGAGGAUCGAACAGCAAACAAACGUCGGGGACCUUAAAAAGUUGCAAACGUAAUCGGAAAUCUUAAACUUGACAGCCCUUUGGUGGCUAGGAGUCAAUUGCAUAGUCUCUACCAGAACUGAUCUACAAGCCAUGGCUAAUGAUGUCAUGGAGACCAUUUUAAGUGGCUAUUCAUCAUGAUUAUCAUUCUUUUAAAAUUAUGAUAAGUGAAGAACAAUUGCUGAUGGUGCAUUCCAUGACGGUUGAAUAGGUGAAUUUCAACAGUAUGUAAAGAGAACAUGAAAACCAAGGGCAGUAAAUCUAGGUAGUGUAGGCAAUGUGUUGUCUAGUAAUGUGUUAACGAGCCUUCAUAUAGGUAUCAUAAAUGUCUUAAGAAUUGUAACGUCUACAAGAUGCUUUAUGUAAAACCUCAAAGAAGUUAUGAUAGGACAACAGGCAACCUCUAUGCUUCAGGUCUUUGCACGCCAAAGUUACAUGUGGAAAAAGUACGAUAGAUGUCCCUCCUAGGGUGUGUUUUUUAAAUCCCGUAUUCUACAGUAAGUGCAAUAAAAAUCGGUAGCAAAUGCCCACAGUUAAAUUUAAAGGUUCAAGUGCUUUAUCAAAAGCAUAGCCCUGUGUCAUAAGUCAUCUCUAUGUGGUCUAUUAAAUAUAACUCUAGUUGAUCAAGUGUACCAGCAGACGUGGUGAACAGCAAUGUAGUUGGUUAAGUUGUCGUUGUGGGAAGAAUAAAUGAUAAAACCUUUGAUGCCAUAAAAGACGUAAAAUGAUAAUCAUGAUGAUAUACCCAGUUGGCAAAAAAAAACGUGUGUAGACUAAAUGUGUAAAAUGUUAGUGGAACUUUUUAAGGCGAAAAAAAGCAAUUAGUUCAUUGUACUAUACAGAGGAUGAGAUUCAGGACUCUGAAUGCAUGGCUCCAUGUGAUUUAUGCAGGUAUGAUAACUACACAGAAAUGAACUGAAGCCGUACCCUCCUAGUGCCAAACAUUACAUAGUGUAUAUGAUUGCUCUUGUUGCCUGAUGAACACAGAACAUGUGGCAUGAUGAGCCGUACAAGAGUAUGAAGCCAGAAGGUGUAUAUCAGUUCUCCAUAUGUACAGACAGCUCACCUUUUGUAUCUAUAACCGAGAAAAAUGAUGACUUUUAGAGCCUUCUGGGUCGUCUACUAGUAAGUAUACACAGUGGCGUAGAAUAAAUUACAUUUGUGGAAGAUCAUACUGGUCCUAGUCCAGACUUGUUUCCAUAUUAAUAGAGAACCACACAGAAACAUUUGUAAGACAGUGGUUUCUUGCUGCAGUUCUUUAGGUUCGGCCUACACAAAAAAUAUCAUAAAAAGAGAGUAUAUAACAAAUGGUGCUUUUAGUUGUAAGGGCAAGAUGCAAUCUCAUUGCAAAACCGCAGAGUUAAUUCUCAUUUUUACUGGUUUACUCAAGGUAUUAUUUUUAUGGACUGUGGGGUUUUCAUAUCACCCUACAACCUAUAUCCAUAGAUCAACUGUGUUAAUGCAGGUUGGUAGAGCCGAAGUCUGGUCUAACAUCUCGUCAGUAGAGUUACUGGUUAGAGAGGCAGAGUCUUCAAUCAGAUGUUAUACGCGGUACAUUGAGGAUGAUCAGAUCAGGGGCUACAGCCGACCUCAUAUUAAUGGAAUGCUUUCUCUGGCGCUCGGCACUUUGCAAUGCUGAUCUUUUUGGUUAACGGUUCAUACUUUGAGGUCACAAACUAACUGAAAGCAUUCACGGAACAGUAUACAAACAUAGCAGAUGAAAAAUACAUCGGAUCCAUUCAGGUUCAUGCAGUAUUCACCAAGAGGUGCUGUACCUUAAAUGGGUUGGGGUCUAUGUGAUG